AUCAUUCAUUAUAUAAUUACAACUUUGCAUUAUUUACACUGAUGUUGUCUUUGAUAGGAGAAUCUGUAGGAUUUGUUAGAGGUUCACACAUGGAUUUUUCUUUACGUAAAUUAACAAGUAUGCAACUAAUGUGUAUAUUUAUAUUUUUAUGGUCAACGUAUACGCAACUUAGAAUGAACUUUAUUCUUGCAAGAUUGCGUAAGAAUCAAUAUGGCGACAUCGUUACUAAAGAUCAUAAGAUACCAUUUGGUGAAUUAUUCAAUUACAUAACAAAUCCAUUACAAUUCACAGAAAUAUUAGUGUACGUAACAAUGUCCGGAAUACUUUGGCAAGCCUCUACAUUCCAUUAUAUUACAUUUUUUGUUAUAAUGAAUCAGGUAUGUAAUGGUUUUAUCAAAAGCUCUAUUUAUUUCAAUUAAUAAUUAAUUCAACCAACAGAAAUGUCUAUAACA